CUUGUUUCUGCCACCAUGAGUGGUGUAACCACCUGCCUCCAUUUUCCUGGGCAGCUCAACGCUGACCUGCGAAAACUGGCUGUCAAUAUGGUGCCCUUCCCUAGUCUGCACUUCUUCAUGCCUGGUUUUGCCCCACUCACCAGCAGUGGGAGCCAGCAGUACCGUGCACUCACUGUGCCUGAACUAACACAGAUGUUUGAUGCCAAGAAUAUGAUGGCAGCGUGUGAUCCAUGCCAUGGCCGUGGAUUGACUGUGGCUGCUGUCUUCCAGGGCCAUAUGUCUAUGAAAGAGGUGGAUGAGCAGAUGCUCAAUGUGCAGAACAAAAACAGCAGCUAUUUUGUGGAAUGGAUCCCCAAUAAUGUCAAAACAGCUGUAGGUGACAUCCCACCAAGAGGGCUUAACAUGGCUGCCACCUUCAUUGGCAACAGCACAGCCAUCCAGGAGCUGUUCAAGCGCAUCUCGGAGCAGUUCACAGCCAUGUCCAGGAGAAAGACAUUCCUGCAUUGGUACACAGGAGAAGGAAUGGAUGAGAUGGAGUUCACUGAGGCAGAAAGCAACAUGAAUGACCUUGUGUCUGAGUACCAGCAGUACCAGGAUGCCACAGCUGAAGAGGAGGGUGAGUUUGAGGAAGAAGCAGAAGAGGACUCGAAAGGCAAGGGAAAAGGUCAACCCAAAAAGAGCAAUGCAAAGCGUCACUCGUAAACACCUAUCAUCUGGACUGAAAAACACCAGAGUGUGGUAACUAGGUUUGACAAGGGGUACCCAAACCUGUGCAUAAAAAAUAUCAGACUUUUUCAAACAACCCUCAUCUCUGUCGAGCACCAAUGCUGAUGGCACACCUGCUAAUAAAAAAGCAGGCUCCAGCUGUGCCAGCAUGAGAGAGAGAGAAAACAACAGAGACACAGAGGAUCAUCUUUCAGUGUCAAUCAAUGAACACUGAUCCUCUUAUAGCUGAUGAACAAUGAACAUUGAUAGCUGAUCCUCACUAGUUUGGCGCUUUGGAUGAAUUUCCUCCCAACCCACAUUUUUAAAUUAAAACAUUAAAUUAAAUUUAAAAAA